GAACUCACUGAAAUUUUUGAAAUGAGUCGAUGGAUUCAGCCAGGCGAUAAUGUAGACAUUACCAAUGAACGGAAAAAAGCUACGUUUGACACAGAACGUAUGUCAGCUUGGAUACAUGGAGGGACUGAAGUUAUGAAGCGUCGCCGUGAAAUUCUGGAUUUUGUCAAAAGCGUUGACGACUUCAAAGAUCCGGUUCCAACAGAGUUUAUGUCUCGCGAAGAACGCAUUCUGAACAAUGCUCGUAAAGUUGUGGCAAUGACAAAUAACACCGAUCAGAUUGAUGGAUCUGACUUCUUCGGAGAAGGAAUGUAUUAUCAAGCAUUGACGAUGGGCCGUGAUCUUCAUGCAAUGUCGCUUCAUUACGUUAUGUUUAUUCCAACACUUCAAGGUCAAACUGACGAUGAUCAACUGGACGAGUGGCUUACCAAAGCAAUUUCCCGUGCAGUAGUUGGAACUUAUGCUCAAACAGAACUCGGUCAUGGUACAAACCUUUCAAAACUGGAAACCACUGCAACUUAUGAUCCAGCCACAGAAGAGUUUGUUAUGAACUCGCCAACAAUCACUGCAGCCAAAUGGUGGCCGGGAGGCUUGGGUAAAUCGUCGAACUACGCUGUGGUUGUUGCACAGUUGUACACAAAAGGAGAGUGUAAAGGACCUCAUCCGUUCAUUGUGCAACUUCGCGAUGAAGACACUCACUAUCCACUCAAGGGAAUUCGUUUGGGAGAUAUUGGACCAAAACUUGGCAUCAAUGGAAAUGACAAUGGAUUCUUACUUUUCGAUAAAGUCAGAAUUCCAAGAAAAGCAUUGCUGAUGAGAUACGCAAAAGUGAAUCCAGAUGGAACUUACAUUGCUCCGGCUCAUUCCAAAUUGGGAUAUGGAACUAUGGUGUUUGUGAGAUCAAUUAUGAUCAAGGAUCAGUCGACUCAACUUGCGGCAGCUGCAACAAUUGCUACGAGAUAUGCAGCAGUGAGAAGACAGGGAGAAAUCACUCCAGGAAAAGGGGAAGUUCAAAUCAUUGACUACCAAACCCAACAAUUUCGUGUCUUCCCUCAACUCGCCAGAGCGUUUGCUUUCAUGGCAGCGGCCACUGAAAUCCGUGAUCUCUACAUGACAGUCACCGAGCAGCUUACACAUGGAAACACCGAACUUCUCGCCGAGCUUCAUGUCUUGUCUUCCGGUCUCAAGUCGUUAGUGUCGUGGGAUACUGCUCAAGGAAUUGAGCAAUGCAGAUUGGCGUGUGGAGGUCAUGGGUAUUCACAAGCUUCUGGAUUCCCAGAAAUCUAUGGAUAUGCUGUUGGUGGAUGCACUUACGAGGGUGAAAAUAUUGUGAUGCUUCUGCAAGUAGCAAGAUUCCUGAUGAAAGCAGCCGAAGGAGUUAGAAAAGGAACUGCUAACCUAGCAGACAUCGGAGCUUACAUUGGAAAGCCUGGAAGGAAAACCUCGCGCUUAACAACUCACCACCACUACACAGAUGCUGAUAUCGUUGAAGAUCUUGAGCACGUUGCUCGCAAACAAGUAUUCCGAGCCUACGACCGCCUGAAAAAGGCUCAGGAGCAUCUUCGUCCGGAAGAUGCUUGGAACUCGGUUUCUGUGGAACUUGCUAAAGCUUCGAGAUGGCACGUUCGUCUGUAUCUCGUGAAGAACUUAUUGCACAAAGUUUCUAUUGCUCCUCAGGAUUUGAAGAUUGUGCUCUUCGAUGUUGCUCGGCUGUAUGCUUAUGACAUCAUUACAUCAUCAAUUGGAGCAUUUUUGGAGGAUGGCUACAUGAGCUCUAAUCAGAUGAAUGAAGUUAAAGAAGGUAUUUAUAAAUGCUUGUCCAAUAUGCGUCCAAAUGCGGUUGGCCUAGUUGACUGUUGGGAUUAUGACGAUAAAGAGCUCAAAUCAGUUUUGGGAAGACGUGACGGAAACGUGUACCCUGCUCUUCUCCAGUGGGCUCAAAAUAGUCAACUCAACAGAUCGGAAGUUCUUCCGGCCUACGAAAAGUAUCUUGGUCCAAUGAUGAAAGACGCUCGAUCAAAAUUGUAAUCGGUUGUUUUUUUGUUGCUGUAUAGUUAUAUAAAUAUUUAUUAUUACGA